ACCGCUUCCGAUUCGUUGCUUACAGAUUGCGAGAGAGAGAGAGGUUCCCACUCUUCCAAUUCAUUGCUUGCGAGAGAGAGAGAGAGAGAGACCCAUCUCUUCCAUUCGUUGCUUGCGAGAGAGAGAGAGAGAGAGAUUCCGGGGUCGAUAAUCCUUGCGAAGCCAGUUACGAUGGAGGCUUCCGGCGUUCUACGGCCGCUCCCUUUCGUCUCCGGUGGCGUUCGAAUCGAAGCCCGCCCGCGAUCUUUUGUGAACCGCCUCGUUUGCGUCGAUUCCCAGCUUUCCGGUCGUCGGAACCCAGGGAGCCGUAAGUUUUGCGGGUUUUCGAAUUCGGGGUUCUGCGACAACGCGUACAGACAGUAUUACUGCGGGAAGGCCACGCCGGCGGCAAUCACGUGCGACGGCAAGAAGAAGGAGAAGGUUAAGGAGGGAUCGGAGAAGAAGACGAUGAAGAAGAGGCUGAAAUUGCUCAGGGGAUUGUCGAAGGACUUGUCGUUGUUCUCCGAGAUGGGUUUUGGGUUGGAUCCUGAGAAUCGCGGCUUGGUCGACGAAGUUAAAGGCAAGAUGAUAACGGAAGCUACAGAGCUCUUACUCAAGCAACUGGAACAGCUAAGAGCAGAGGAGGAGGAUCUGAAAAGGAAGAGGAAGGAGGAGAAGGCCAAAGCCAGAGCUGUUCGGACUCUACACAUGGCUGAUUGUGAAGAAUCAUCUUCUUCCUCGUCCUCAGAAUCAAGCGAUGGCGAAUGCAGCGAGGUUCUAGACAUGAAAACAGAAGCCCGGCUGCCAUUAACAGCCACCAAAGAAUCAAAACCAGAGAGCAUCGUCGAGUUACAGCCGAUUCAGAAGCCAGUAAUGGCAGCCAUUGGAAAGGCUGCACAAGAAUCGGGGAAGAGGGUUGAGGUUUGCAUGGGAGGGAAGUGCAAGAAAUCUGGUUCUGAAGCCUUGCUGGGCGAGUUUCAGAGGCUGCUUGGUGGAGGAGAAGCUGCUGCUGUUGGAUGCAAGUGCAUGGGGAAAUGCAGAGAUGGGCCGAAUGUCAGGGUUUUGAACUGUGAUAGGAAUGGAACCGGGGCUCUGGGUGGGGAUGAAUCUGUGAGGAAACCCAGCAAUCCGCUCUGCAUUGGGGUUGGUUUGGAGGAUGUGGCUUUGAUUGUGGACAAGUUCUUCGGAGAAAUCAAGGAGGAUGCGGGUCUGGCGGCUGCGUCUUGAAUGAUUGCUUGAUUGAUGAUUUUGUUUUUUUGGUGGAUUUGGAUCUUGAAAUUUUUUUCUGGUCGCUGCAAAUUAUAGGGCUUUUGGUUUUCAGUUGUGCAAAUGUAAAUACUUUAGUGUAUAGAUUUAUGGUUGAAAUGAAAUGGUUAUGGUGUUUGAAGUAA